CAUUGGUAACCCCCGACUGGCCUCAAGUUCUGACAAGACUCGACAAGAGGUUUGAUACAUUGCCAGGCUUAAAAUGAAUGACAAUGAGGAAACCGAUUCUGAAUGGGACAGCACUCUGGAUUUUACUUCUCCCCGACAGACGGGGGAUAAGCGAUCAGUUCCCCCGGAGAUUGAGGAUGAGGAGGCUAGUCACCAGGAUUCCAUCGUGGAGAGACCCAAACCGAAGGAGAGGACCUCACUCCCUGCCAAUCAGACUCCUGAGGACUACACCUAUGCAGAAGUCGUAAGAAAAGAUAAACAACCACAGAAGAAGUCAAAAGAAAGCCCACCUCCUUACAACUUCAGACCAGCUGUUUCUGGGAACAUUACACCCCAGAAAACAGAGCCUCCUCCCGGUAAAGACAAAAAGGGAACAACUUAUGAUGUCACAACAAAAGGGAAAACCCCGGCAUCACAACAAGACAGCAUAAUGAGCACAGGUUCCUGGGAUGAUACAGAUGAAGAUGAGAAGACCCUGAGGGAGCUAAGAGAGACGUUUAAAACAGAGAAAAAGAAGGAACAGGAAGCUGAAUCACUCAGGCUCAGACUGGAGAGUCAGACAGAGGAUAUUAAAGCAGAUGAAGGUCAACUGACCAACAGAUCUGAGAACACAUGGAAAAGCUGGGCCAGUUUUGGGAAUAAGCUCGGUAGAUCCUCAAAUCGUAGCAAUAAAGGAAAGAAAAAAAAGGAGGGUAAGUCUGUCCCUACGUACCGGGAUGAGGGUCAUUACGAUGCAGUGGACGUGGCCCAGGUCCGGGCAGCCGUUCAGAGACAGGAACCUCCCCCACACAACAUGUUCCAGGCUAAGCCCCACGACGAGGUCAAAGAGCAGGGCCACCCAUCCGACAAGGACCACGAUAUCAGCUUCUCCGACUACAAACCAGCCAACAUGGCGCCACCUUACAUUGUCAAAGAGGAAGCAGGUAUGACCUACUACUUUGGACAUGGACCAGUGCAAUACCUGGAGGUGGACAAUGAAGAAGAAGAAGCUUUGAUGCCCAAGAUUGCAGACAGAUUGGAGGGUAUUUUCCAGAGAAUUUGGCAGGAGUUUUUUGGAGCACUACGCAUUGUGACCAGUUUCUUCAUCCUGUUUGUGGUAGAACUAUUCAAGUACAUUAUUAAAUACGUCUUCCAGCCCAUAUUUAUUGGAAUUUUCAUGACGACCGGUGAAUAUGUCAUGAAACCUGUACUGUCAGUUUUGUUCAACGGCUUUAUGCAGCCAACAGGUGUUUUCUGUUGGAAUUGUUGUGUUACAUCGAAACUUGUGUGUACUCCAAUAAUUCAGAUAUUGCAGAAAAUUCUGGAACAGUUUGCCAAGUGCUGUAGACAUGUCAGGUGUGUGGAGAUAUUCUGGAAAACCGGUGAGCCAGGGCCGCGGAAUGUGGAGGAAGCAGACAUUAAACAUGUUUAAAACUGUAUAGAGGUCAGACCAUAUCACACACAAAUCAAACAGGCAUAUCAAAGUCCCCUGUACAACUGCAAUCUACUUCAAUUCCAUCAAUGCUUAUAUCAAAACAUCAAUGUAAAUAUAACAAUAAUCUCUUUCAACUGUUAUAUGAAAGCAGAUUUUUCUAAUUGAGUAUUAAAAAGGACUUUUAUUUUUAUAUUAGUUGAAUAAGUAAGAAGGGUACAAGAAAACAUUUUCUGCAUUUAUUGCUCUGAAUGAAACAAUGAUGUAUAAAGGUAUAUUCCGUCCAGAACCAUACAUAAAUCAUAAAAGCAUUUUUAAUGUAUCACAUGAUUUUAUCAUGUGUCAUGCUUUUAUUUUACAACCUACAUAUACUUGUGUUUUUAUUGAUUUUUAUAAACUUUCAUGUUUUAAAUCCCUCCAUAUGAUCGACAUCAGAAUCUCAUAACAAACUAUCUAGACAAGCCAUAGAACUUUGAAUGCCAUUACAAUACAUUAGUUUGUAGAUGAUAUAGAGUAUUACCGGGGUAAUCCAAAGAUGAUCAACUCACAUUUUAUACAUUUAUUACUGUAUAUCCUUGUACAUUUUUAAGUGGUUUGUUGAACAUUUUAAAUAAAUUGUAUAUUUAAGUUUUCUUUACUUGAGAAAUUUUCUCAUCUUAAAAGUAAUUCACUCAGGCAUGAAUAUUCACUAUGCAUAUCUACAUUACAAUUUCAGAUAAAAUGUGCAUUAAAAUUGCUCAUUUUAUUCCUACAUUACAA